GCGAACCGGCAGUUGUCUCUGAACCUUCGACGAGUGAACAGGUGGAUUGAAAUUCUUCGUCAUCCACCCCUCACACACACACACACACACAUCUUGUUUUCGUUUUCCAUAUUCGAACAAGUUUUGAAUAUUUUGUUGGCAAUUGUUUUAUGAGCCACUUGUGCAAGACUGAAAUUCAAGAAAUCUGAAGGUCUUGGAACGUUCGUUUCGUCAAACUAUCGCGUUACGUUCUGUUUUUGGUCUGAUUGCAAAGGUCGGUGUCAGUUGGACAGGAAAUAUCUGGCAAAUUUUUUUUUUUUUCGAGACUUAAGUGGGCGAGAAAAUCUACACCAAGAAAAAAAACCGCAAUAAACGUGGUGCUUGUCUCGUUUUUUUUUUUUUUCGCAAAGUCCCGGAAGGAAAUGAACUGACUUCAAAGUCUCUCCUUUUUCUCGUGCUCUAUGUGAAUUUUCGUGCAUCAAAACAUUACGUGAAGGUUGAACAAUCUUUGCUUCUUCUUCUUCUUUCCGGGAUUGUCAACGAAAAAUAAAAUAACAAUAAAUUACAGUGAACGAAAUGGAUGCUUUCGAUAGCUUAGAACAGCCAUUAUGUGACUACAAUGAGAGCAUGGAUGCUCUGCCAGAACUGUGGGAAACUGAUUCUUUUCAGUCGUCGAUGGUGGUGGAAUUGCAAGACACGGAGAGCUACGAACACGCCGAUUGGCCAACUGGGUUAAGUUUCAGUUUGAUGCCUGUCGAAGAUGACGGCAACGACGAUCUCUCCGCCAGCGACACGGGCAUGGUGGUGUUACACGAUCGGCUCAUCACCGAUACGACCAACAAAGUCUUGAUUAACCCCGUUCGCCGCUACGCCAGUCGCGCUCAUCCCAAUUCGUCCUUCUACACCGAGGCAUCGCUCAUGAAUUCCAAGGACAAUACGAGCACGUUCAACAUCACUAUCGGUAGCCGAGGGGAAGUUGAAAUUUCUGAAGACACCGAUUCGAGUACAGGAAUAGGAAACCCGUUUUGCGAUCCACUUUCACUGGGCGUCAAGACGGAACCAACUUCUCCACGGCCUGCGUCUCCUUCGACGUUCAUCGACGCCCAGUUUGAUUUGAAAAAUUCCCGCUCGGAAUCGCGGAAGCGAUCCAUUUCGUUUUCCAGCACUUCGUGCAACCGCGAACGACCCACUGCCAAGACGAAGGCAGUGCCUGCAAACAGCCGUCUAAUGCUGACCAGAGUGGCAAACACUUCGUGCUCUAAUAAAUCAGCUGGCUUCUCGCUGCCCCCGACACCGCCGUCGUCGACGUCGAGCGACAGCGAAGGAAGUCUAUCGCCAGAAAGAGAAGCUGCCUCUCCCAAAUCGGAAGCAUCAGGCAGCGAAAACGGAACUAGAAGAUUAAAUCAGGCCGGACGCGUUCUCUUAACCACCAAGCCAUUACCUGACCCGUUCGGCAGCGGAAGCAGCCGCCAUCCUAUCAAUAGCCCUCUGAUCAGCUACCAACCUAAAGGUUCGACUGGAGUGCUUCAACUGACGGAGGAGGAGAAAAGAACGCUAUUAUCUGAAGGCUAUCCGGUACCGACACGGUUGCCGCUUACGAAAGCCGAAGAAAAGUCGUUGAAAAAAAUUCGCCGUAAAAUCAAAAACAAAAUCUCAGCUCAAGAGUCGCGUCGGAAAAAGAAAGAGUACAUGGACACGCUUGAGAGACGAGCUCAAGUGCUGGCCGACGAAAACAGCGACUAUCGCCAGCGGCUUCACAAGUUGGAGACGGACAAUGCGGCCCUUCAGCUUCAACUGACGCGCCUCAAGCACCUCUGUAGUAAGCGAUCGAACAUCGUGGAUCUAAACUCUCAUCAGAUGGACGAAAUGUCUAUACCUAUUAAAGAAGUCGAUGACUGCUUUUCAACUAGAGGCUAAAUGUUGGUGACUGACAGAUGAAAUGAGCCUGUCAAAUCAUUCCGUCCGUUUUUGGGGUAAAUCGAUUUUUUCGUUUCUACAUUAAACACUUUCUCUUGUAUUGAUGCAGACAUGUGAUUUAUUUGCAUAGAGUAGGAAAUACCUGAUACUCCGUUGCACAUCUGUAAUAGCUAGUCUUUAAAAAACAAAAUGUUCCGAUUUUAGACGUCGAUCCUGAUUUUUGGCAUUGCGCUCCCCUCAUGUGCGCGCCAUCGGCUAUUACGGCGACGGAAUUCAUACAUUUCCUAUUCUUAUUAUAGAAGAAGAAAAAAGAAAAGGGGGGGGGGAGCUGUUGCAAAUUUUGCUUAGCUGGAUUAUGUUUUUUAAGACUAGCGCGUGCAAUCGGUUCACGCCAAAAUAACGUCGAUCAGUUCUCAUGUUUAUUCACGUUCUCGACACCUUAAACGUUGUUGUUCCACCACUGUUUGUUUUCCCCGUGUUUGUUUUUCUAAAAUUGAGGCAUUGAAUACGGUGACUGGUUUAAAAUAUUGUGUGCUGUUCUACAUAUUUUGACCCGUGUGUUUUUUUUGUUUGCGUGUGUUUGUUUUGAAUUGCGGUUGAUUUCAUUUUUUCACAUGGGAUUCUUGAACUUUCAUCGGUUAUAUUUGGGAUCAUGUAGCUCUCAUCGUCGCGUUUCAUUCAUUUUUUCCCCCGUUUCGUUUGAAAUUUCUGUUCCUUUCUUUUUUGUUCUUAAAUGUAUCGUUUGUUUCAGGACACGCAUUAUUAUUACACGAUUGAUUGCUUUUUUUUACAAA